UACUACAAUAAAGUAGUCUGACAGGAAAAUGGCGGGAGCCAUGAGUACGAAAAGUAGGAUUGUGGAGACUUUGGAUGAUUUGGAGCUUAUUUCAAGGGAGCUGAUUGAACUUCUAGCAGCAUCCAAGCAACAGAGAGGCAGUGGUGGGGGUGACAGUGGGGAGGAACAACAGAUGCUGGAGCUGCUGAUAGAGAAAGAUGAAGCUUUACAAGAGUUACUGAAAACAGCCCGUGAACAAGGUGAAAGACACAAGGAGAUGAUGGAGCUGCAGACACAGGCUGAGAAGAGAGACCAGGACAUCAGGCAGCUACAGAAACAGCUGAAGGAAGCUGAACACAUACUGGCACAGGCCCUGUACCAGGCCAAGGAAAAACUCAAGUCUGUCAACAAGGCAAAUGAAAGCGGAGCAGGAGCGAUCUCCUCCGAGGAGCUGAUCCGCUACGCUCGCCACAUCAGCGCCAGCCACUCCGUAGCCGCUCCCGUCAACUGGGCGCCGGGCGACCCCAGACGACCCUACCCUCAGGACAUCGAGAUGCGCUGCGGCAUCCUGGGAAGACUAAGCAAACUGCCCAUGAACGGCCACACCCCCCUCCCCGAGGCAGGCACACCCGGGAUGGUGAUGCUCACCUCCCAGCAUUCCACAGUAGGGGCCAGCACAGCACAAGACGGAAUGGGAACGUCCCAGGCCUCGUUGUCAUGGCAACCGUCAGCCGACUUGUCGUCCGGCGUCUCCACCUCGGCCAAUCACACGGGAGAGAUAUCGGUGGAGAUCGGCAAAAAGGAGAACGAUGACGAUGUGGAAGUGAUGUCCACAGACUCUUCCUCCAGUAGUUCUAGUGACAGUAAUUAGUUAUCUCAUA